UGGGAGGCACCAUCAUGGAGCACACAUAAGAGAGACAAAUGUGUGUCUGAUACCAGACAACCGCAGGCAGCGACUAGCCUCUGUCCAGGAAUGGGUUAACCGGGAGAGUCACACGUUAGGAUGAUGGGCGGGGCUAAGCGGUAACCAGGCUCCGCCUCCAGCGCUCCACAUUGGUACAUAAACUGCCAAUCUCCCAGGCACAGGGCCGUGUUACCACUGACUGGAUGGCGGGUCAGGUAGAGGAAUUACAACCCGGAAUCUGACGCCGCGCAGUGUAGUAAAGCAGCUGGACAUGGUCGGCGGGAGGCGGCAGUAGCGGAUCCCAGUGUAUAUAUAUAGUGAGUGCAGGGGCCGGAGUUGUGGUAUCUCCCACCACAUGCUGUAGCGUAGUCCCUGACGGUCCUUAUUGCAGCUGACAGGAUGGCGGACCGGGCAGCCCCCCUGCACCUGUGCCAGAAGCUGAGCUAUGCCACCGGCCACUACCUGAACGACCUGUGCGCCUCCAUGUGGUUCACAUACUUCUUACUCUACUUUCACUCGGUGCUGGGCUUUAGCUCGUUCUACGCCGGGGUCCUCCUGCUGAUCGGCCAGGUAGCCGAUGGAAUCUGUACGCCUCUGGUCGGCUAUGAAUCGGAUGGGCAAGCUGGCAUUCGGUCGUAUGGACGCAGGAAAUCCUGGCAUCUAAUCGGAACCUUGAGUGUUAUUAUCUCAUUUCCUUUCAUCUUUAACCCAUGCUUGGGUUGUGCAGAAAAUACACCACAGUGGGCUGGCUUGAUAUACUUUAUCCCAUUCAUCAUCAUUUUCCAGUUUGGAUGGGCAGCUACACAAAUCUCUCAUCUUGCAUUAAUUCCAGACCUUGCUAAAAAUGAACACGACAAGGUGGAGCUUACCGCAUUCAGGUAUGCAUUUACAGUUUUGGCAAACAUUUCUGUAUACGCAAUUGCUUGGUUGCUUUUGCACUUUGAUCCGGCUUCCUCAGAAGAUGCACAGCAUUUGGGGCGGCAGGAUACUUCUGUAUUCAGGACACUGGCCCUCAUUGUAGUGGGCAUUGGAGCAUUUUUCUCCCUAAUAUUCCAUAUUGGAACAAAGGAGAACUCAGGUUUUCAACGCCUUCCAGAAACAGAUGAUCAAAAUGGAGAUCUUAUUCAUAAGCAACUUUCCAGCUCACCAGAGCCAUUGGUACUGUGGAAGCAUUGGCUUUUAGAACCUUCUUUCUAUCAGGUGGCUUUAUUAUAUAUGUGUACACGGCUCAUAGUAAAUUUGUCACAGACAUAUAUAGCUGUGUACUUGACCUAUUCUUUGAAUCUUCCAAAGAAUUACAUUGCUACAAUUCCACUGGUAAUGUAUGUUAGUGGAUUUGUUUCUUCAUUACUUAUGAAGCCAAUUAACAGAUAUAUUGGGCGCAACAUUACCUAUUUUAUAGGGCUUCUAGCUAUUGCUGCUUUUUCUGCAUGGGUAGCUCUAGAUCCAGGACUUAGACAGGCAGUUUAUGGAGCUGCUAUUCUUUUGGGAGCUGGGUCAGCUACAAUCUUGGUUACAUCUCUUUCAAUGACUGCUGAUCUCAUUGGACCCCACUCACGCAGUGGAGCCUUUGUAUAUGGAGCAAUGAGUUUUACUGACAAAGUGGCCAAUGGUCUGGCUGUAGUACUAAUUCAGUCUUUGCAUCCAUGCCACACUCAGCACUGUUGUCCAGAGUGUACUUCAUUUUAUCACUGGGUGAUGGUGACCAUAACCGGCGCUGUGGCUCUAGUGGCUGCUUUAUCAUUGAGCUCCAUUAUGAUCUGGCCAAUAAAUGUGCGAUUUUGGUUUGAGAAAAGAAUACCUGUACGGUACUGAAGCUAAAACUUCCACAGGAUUUAGCUUCAAACUGUUCAAAGUACAGUGCCCGUAUGACUAUGAAAGUCCAGACUUGUUCAAAGUUUGCAAAAUUAUGUAGUAAAAGAACUUUGUAUAUAACUUAAUAGAGAAAUUACGAAUCAACACUUUGUCCCCCAAACCUACUUUACUGAUGGCCUUGUCUCUCAUAACAGAUUUUGAAGUUACUUGAGAGUGAAUGGACUGUUGGCUCACUGAGGGAUUAAGUUACAUGAUGCUUAUUAAAAGGGGAGAAAGGUGUGGGCUGCUUUAGAAACAGAAGAGACCACCUACAAGUUUCAACCAUAACUAGAUCACCCCAGUGUUUAUCUCACAAUCGCACCACUUAUUGCUGUAUAUUGACCUUUAUGCUGCUAUGUGUAUGUACACGAUAGAGAGGAGAAGCAGAAUCUGUGUGCUUUUUCAAGGACAAAUUGGGACAUCCAAAAGAGGCAAUAAAAUAGGUGGAGCUAAUACACAAAGAUAUAGCACUCCUAGACAGAGAAUUAGAAGUUUGUCUUUUUUAUGUUGUUACUAUGAUGCUUAACAAAAAAGUUUAAAAAAAAACAAAAUAUAAAAAGUUUGAAGGUAAAUUUAUUUUCUAAAAGCAGUGCAAUGUGUAUUUACGGCAUUAUUUGUGCAAUGUAAAUAAUGAUAAAUGCAGGGCUGUGGAGUCGGUAGAUAAAUGUUCCGACUCCAGAGUUUUCUUUACUUCCGACUCAGACUCCCCGACUCAGACUCCUCUGUAUUAAUAUGUGAAUGUAUUUUAAACAUUCCUUGAAGGAAAGAAAGGAAACAUACAUGGCUUCCCAGCCAGUAGUCCUGUGGUAAUGACAGUCUACUGUAUUGAACAGUUUGUGUGCUGAUCUGUUGCUGAAGGGGCAUUUAUUAUAAAACAUGAUUUCCGUAGUAGAAUCCCAUAGUCGUGUUUACAGGGGUACUCUGCCCCUAGACCUCUUAUCUA